GCUGUUGACGUAUCUUGACAAAACAAACAUCAUAAAAAUGGCAGAUUUGAAAAAGGAUCUAGAUCAGUAUCUGCUACUGCAGAACGACCAAAAGAAGUCGUUCAAAUUACAAAUGCCAACGAUACAAAAACCCAACUUCUCCAACUGGUUAAAAUCGGAAAGCCAAGAGGAGGAGACGUGGUUCGCGAGCACCCAAAAGCAAUGCUGCCCGAGCUUGACACGCUUCCAGAGGAUAGCGGGAUUUUGCGCCUGCGUUCUUAUGGGCAUCCUGUGCUUUUCCAUUUCUCUAAUGUACAUUCCCGUGCUGAUUUUAAAAGCGAGAAAAUUCGCGCUGUUAUUCACCUUAGGUAGUGUCUUUUUCGUUUUAAGUUUCAUGUUCUUGUGGGGACCCGUGGCUUAUUUGAAACACUCGUUUACACGGGAACGAAUUUGGCUCACCGUCACCUAUGUUUUUACGCUGGGAGUGACUUUAUACUGCGCCCUACACUUGCAGAGCACGCCGUUUACCGUGCUCGGAGCCGUUGGACAAAUUAUUACACUUUUGUGGUCUGUAGUUGCGAGCGUUCCGGGUGGUGCUACCGGUGUUGGUGUUUUUUCAAAGAUAUUUUCUAAAAGUGUUGGUGCUACGUUACCCAUAUAGUACCUACUCUUUUAUGUUAACGAUUAAGUACACACGCAUUGAGUAAAUGUAGUCAUCCAUCAUUUCACUGCCAUCUUCAUUUAAUAAAACGUUCAUUGUAGUUGUAUUUGACUGAGAAGCUCUAUGGAUGUUAUAGAAAUAGUAUUUGAUAUUGUAUAUUAUAAGUUACUGUGAUAGUUAAAAUUGUAUAAAUAUUUAUUUAAGUCCA